CGCUUCCGUCCAGCAGCCUCAGAGCCACGCGGCGCGGCCUGGGAGGUGUUUUCUACGCUCUUUGGCGCCACUUUCCACAUCCUCGGGCCGCUGCCUAUUUGCAUUUGAGAAUUUGAUUUCCUCUCCAGGACCCGUGACCCUCAGUCUACUCCUCCUAGGACUCCAGUACGCACCGCAGGGACCGAGAACCAGGCGCCCUAGCCCUGGGAUCCCGGAUCCCAGAUCCCGGUCUACCGGAGUCAGGCAUCCGGAUCUCCGCCACCUGGAUUGAGUUUCUUGAAGACCUCGGCCACUUGGGCGGCCUCAAGCCUUUCCCGGAGUCGAAGAUCCCCACGUCCUGGUCUGAAGAGUUGCCUCUCCUCCCCACCACCACACCAAAAAAAAGAAAACAAAGAAAAAAAGAAAAGAAAAAAGAAAAGAAAAGAAAACCAACCCAGACACUCUCAGCUUCCAGUUUUCGGGGAUCCGACAUCACCAGGAAAGGUAAAGGGGUCUCGGCGCACAGCCCAGAGAGCUUAGGAUACGCCAGCCUCCGAGAGCCAGUGGACACACAACUUCAAGGACCCCUGCAAAGUUCCGGCCUCGACUGUCCGUCCCGAAAACAUUGCACCUAGUCUCUUGGCGCGUAAGGAACCCCCAGUUGCGGCUCAGCAUGGCGGUGGAUCCCCCCAAGGCCGACCCCAAAGGGGUCAUGGCGGUGGAUCCCACCGCGAACGGUGCGGUGUUGGGCUCCAGGGAGGACCAAGGCGCGAAAGCAGGUGGUUGCUGCGGUUCCUGGGACCAGGUGCGCCGCUGCCUUCGCGCCAACCUGCUGGUGUUGCUCACGGUGGCGGCGGUGGUGGCCGGCGUGGUGAUAGGGCUGGGGGUCUUGGCGGCCGGCGGUGCUGAAGCGCUGGGCCCGGCGCGCUUGACCGCCUUCGCCUUCCCGGGAGAACUGCUGCUGCGUCUGCUGAAGAUGAUCAUCCUGCCGCUCGUGGUGUGCAGCCUGAUCGGAGGAGCGGCCAGCCUGGACCCUAGCGCGCUCGGCCGUGUGGGCGCCUGGGCGCUGCUCUUUUUCCUGGUUACCACACUGCUCGCGUCUGGGCUCGGCGUGGCCUUAGCUUUGGUGCUGAAGCCGGGCGCCUCCUUUACGGCUAUCAACGGCUCAGUCGGAGAUACCGGUGUCCACAGUGGACCCACCAAGGAGGUGCUGGAUUCCUUCUUGGAUCUCGUGAGGAAUAUUUUUCCCUCCAAUCUGGUGUCUGCUGCAUUCCGCUCAUAUGCUACCUCGUACGUAACCACUAACACAUCUGCAAUCCAGCAAGAUGCCCCCUGUAUACAAAGCAAGAUCUACGAAGCCAUGGUCCAGCAAGCUGUACCCUGUACAAAAAGAGAGAUCAACGCAACCAUGGUCCAGCUGGGAUGUGAGGUAGAGAGCAUGAACAUCUUGGGCCUGGUGGUGUUCGCUAUCAUCUUUGGUGUGGCUCUGAGGAAGCUGGGGCCUGAUGGUGAACUGCUCAUUCGUGUCUUCAACUCCUUCAAUGAUGCCACUAUGGUCCUGGUCUCCUGGAUUAUGUGGUACGCCCCUGUGGGCAUCUUGUUCCUGGUGGCCAGCAAGAUUGUGGAGAUGAAAGACGUCCGCCAACUUUUCAUCCGCCUCGGCAAAUACAUCCUGUGCUGCCUCCUGGGCCAUGCCAUCCACGGGCUCCUGGUUCUGCCCCUCAUCUACUUCAUCUUCACCCGCAAGAACCCCUAUCGGUUCCUGUGGGGUAUCAUGACUCCUUUGGCCACAGCUUUUGGGACCUCUUCUAGCUCUGCCACAUUGCCUCUGAUGAUGAAGUGUGUAGAGGAGAAGAACGGCGUGGCCAAACACAUCAGCCGGUUCAUCCUGCCCAUCGGCGCCACGGUCAACAUGGAUGGGGCAGCACUGUUCCAGUGUGUGGCCGCGGUGUUCAUUGCUCAGCUAAAUGGCGUGUCCCUUGACUUCGUGAAGAUCAUCACCAUCUUGGUCACAGCUACAGCAUCCAGUGUGGGGGCAGCAGGCAUCCCUGCAGGGGGUGUCCUCACACUCGCCAUCAUCUUAGAAGCUGUCAGUCUCCCUGUGAAGGACAUCUCCUUGAUCUUGGCCGUGGACUGGCUAGUGGACAGGUCCUGUACCAUCCUCAAUGUGGAAGGUGACGCUUUUGGGGCAGGACUGCUUCAAAGUUAUGUGGAUUGUACCAAGACGCCGAGCUCGGAGCCUGAAUUGAUCCAGGUGAAGAAUGAAAUGCCUCUGAAUCCACUGCCCCUCACCACAGAGGAGGGGAACCCCCUUCUCAAACAGUACCGGGGACCCGCCGGGGAUGCCGCCUCCUGUGAAAAGGAGUCUGUCAUGUGAAUUUCAGGACUUCAUAUGCUUUGGUGGCAUCGCAUUGGAAGUGGGGAUCAUGAGGGCUGGAGAAACGGGCUGGUGUGGACUCGGAUGGACUGUUUACACAGUCCGUGAGCUCUAAGGGUCCCUCCUCCUUCCUGCAAUGGGUAUUGGGAGCCUCCUUGCUGGGGUGUAUGUGCUUUACAUGAACGUGUCCACAGAUCUUCCCCCUAUCCUGCCACCCAUGUCACCCAUCCAGCCUACCUGUCUACCGCAUAGAGUUCUCGAUCCUUUGAAGACAAAUGCAUUGUGAUGUAGUGGCCGUAGGUGUGUGUGUGUGGUGUGUGCACGUGCGUGAGUUCUCUGACCUUACCAAGUAGUCUCUCCAUGACAACAAGCACUCCCCACAAGUCCUGAGGGAAAGCCAAAGAUAAAUAUUGUCACUCCAGAGCACAUUUUUUUAGCAAUAAAAUGGUGUCAAGUGUAUGGGAUGAGGUGUUCUAAGAAUCUGACUAGUACCAGGUGUACCGCACACAUCUGCAGUUUCAGCAUUUGGGAAGUAGGUUCUAGGUUCUUACCUGGGAAAGGAUACAGGAAGAAGAAUCAGGAGCCAAAGGCCAGCCUGGACUAUGACAUUGUCUCAAAAAAAUAAAUUCUUAGCUAGACAUAGUGACACACUAUGAAUACUAGCAACUCACAUCUGUCUGUCACCCCAGUCCCAGGGAAUCGGAUCCCUUACGGGACAUAUAUGCAGGCAAAACACCAAUGCAUAAGUUUAUUUUAAAAGUAUAUUUUGACUAAACACACUGAGCAUUUCAAUGCCAAAGACAAGUUUAGGCUUUACUGAACUCCAGCGAUCAUGUAGCCGGUGAGAUGGUUUAGAGGGUGUAGGAACCUGAGUUCCGUCCCCGGGACCCACCAGGCAAAAGGACAGAACACAUUCCUGCAAGCCACGCACCAUCCCAAUGUGUAUACAUAAAUACUAUGUAAAAUACCUAUUAAAGGGGGCUUAAGAGAACUGGCUGCUCUUCAGAGAACUGGUUCCAUCUCCAGCAGCCACAUGGCAGCUCACAACUGUAAGGGGUGGGGGGUGGAAAGGCUCAACCAUCCAUACCUCCCUAGGGGAUCAGAUGUCCUCUUCUGACCUCCAUGGGUACCAAGCGCUCCUGUGGUGCACAUGCAAUCACGAAGGCGACCAUUCUUUACAUAUAUUGCUUCAUGUAUAAAGGAAUCAGUUUAAACAUGUAACUGGGGCUGGAGAGAUGGCUGCUGCUCUUCCAGAGGGCCUAGAUUCCAUGCAUAGCUACACAGGAUGGUUCAUAACCGUCUGUCACUCCAGUUCCAGACAAUGUGAGCUUGGUCCCUGGAUCCCAGUGAAUGUGGGAGAGAACCAGCUUCACAAAGUUCUCUUCUGAUCUCCACAAAGCUACAGUAUUUUUUUUUAAAAAUAUUCUUGAGACAAGGUCUCACUGUGUACGCCUGACUGACUUUGAGCUCAGAGAUCCACCUGCCUCUCUCCUGAAUGUUGGAAUUAAAGGCAAGCACCACUAUACCUAAAAUCUUGUUUAAAAUCACCAUUGAUCCUGGCUUGCUGACAGUGGUACUACAGCCUCUUGCAUAAAAUGAAUAAUGUAUUA